GAUUACGAUAAGGACGACGAGAGGCAUAAGUCAGUACGUCUGAUGCUGAUAAUAAGCAGACAACAUGACACGCCUCAUCCUGUGUGUCCUGGUGUCUGUCCUCAGCUGGAGUCAGGCUCACCCAAACAAUGAUGAAUAUAUCCAGAUUGGCUCCCAUGUCCUCCAGCUCGGCUCACCAACCACACUUCAUCUGACUUCCGGACGUGGAUCUACUAUGGCCCUCCUUGACAGAUCAACAGAUGCUCCGACAGCCAAGCUUACUCACAAAACACGCACUGGCCCAAGUAGGAGCAAUGAGACUGAGGUGGAAUUAACCAACCCGAACAUUGCUAGACGGCACUUAAGAAGCUACCUAUUUGAUGAUGUGGAAUGUUUAGAUAUCUCCAUCGAAGCCUUGGAAUGUGUGACCCAGGUCAUCACCGAUUGCAUAUUCAUGAACGGAACACACUGGUAUGGUGGGGCGGAGAUGCAUCAACAGCUUUGGCCUUUGGAGAAACUGAGCAUGGCUAUGGGGCCUUAUGUUGCCAGUGACAAUUCUGCUUUUCCUUACGGAGCUGUUCAGGAGAGAUACUUCUAUACAUCUUCAGGUAUUGGUAUCUGGAUUGAGGAGGAUAUUCCUUUGUAUGUUAGUAUAAAUGCAACUGGAGACCACAUGCUCUGUCUGCAAUCUAAGUAUGACAACAGUAUUUACAGAAACUUUGACAACUCUCUACCAGUUCUGAACUACACCAUGUGUGUUGAGAAGGAUGUCAUGAGCAUCCAUACGUUCAUGUCAGAGCGGUACAUCAGCAAGCCAACUGGGACACCAAACGAGGACGUCCUGAGAAAACCUAUUUGGUCAACAUGGGCACAGUAUAAGAAGAACAUCAACCAAUCGUUAGUCCUGGAAUUUGUUGACAAUAUCCUUAAGAAUAAUCUCACAAUAUCUAACCUAGAAAUUGAUGAAAAGUGGAUGCCCAAUUUUGGAGAUCUUGUAUUUGAUACCAUGAAAUUUCCUGACGCUAAAGGUAUGGUUGAUGAAAUUCACAGAAAGGGAAUGGCAGUUACAACAUGGGUUCCUCCUUUUGUUAAUCUUGAAUCCAGUAACUUCGACUAUGCUGCCUCAAAAGGGUACCUGAUGAAUGACAUGUCAGGAGGUCGUCCGGCCCUGGUGUCUUGGUGGGAGGCCAAAUGGGCUGGUAUUAUCGACUUCACAAACUCCGAAGCCACGGAAUGGUUUCUAGGCAAUUUAGCGAACCUUAGGACAACUUAUGGUAUUGAUUCUUACAAGUUUGAUGCUGGAGAUGCAAAUUAUCUACCUUCUGAUUACAAACCAGCUAAAGAGUUCCGUAACCCUGAUGUUUUUGCCCGAUCCUAUGCCGAAGCUGUUGCAAGGGUAGACAACUCUAGUCGUCGGCAUGAAGUUCGAACCGGAAGGAAGACACAGUCGCUACCUGCGAUGACAAGAAUGAUUGAUAAAAAUUCUGACUGGACCUAUGAACAGGGUUUGAAGACAAUCGUUACGUCAGGCCUUGUUUUCAGUUCCAUUGGCUAUUCCUUUAUCCUCCCUGAUAUGGUUGGCGGUAAUGGUUACGGUGGUAUUUGGCCGGAUGCAGAACUCUUCAUCAGAUGGACACAGGCCAACGCACUGAUGCCAACUAUCCAAUUUGCCAUCACUCCCUGGACGUAUAACAAUUCAACACUAAUGUCUAUCAUCCAACAGAUGCUGACUUUGAGGGGAAAGUAUGCCGACACCAUUGUCGGCCUUGCCAGAGAAUCAGUCACAACUGGUGCUCCAAUCAUGCGGCCCCUAUGGUGGAUUGCACCUACAGAUGAGUCGGCCCUCACUGUGGAUGAUGAGUUCCUGCUUGGUAAUGACCUUUUAGUGGCCCCAGUACUAAAUCCAGGGGUCAAAUCUAGGAAAAUAUAUUUGCCUGUCGGACAAUGGAGAGACGAGAUCCACGGCACAACUGUGUCAGGGGGACAGUGGAUAGACUAUCCAGUACGACUUGAAGACCUCCCCCAUUUCACGAAGCUCUCGUAAUAUGUGAAUUGUUAUAGUACAUAAUGAAUUCGUUUUAAUUAAAGAGCUCGCAGCUAA